AUGGAACGAUAUGAUGCUCAUGCAAAAUGUAACAUGGAAAGUAGAAGACAUAGGGAAUCAUUUCAACUUGCUCUACGGAAGUUGGGGGAUGAGAAAAACGGAAAAAAUAAGCGAAUUGGUGUUAAGAACCCUUCGAGAAUCUCUUCCCAUUCCCUUGUAGCAUUGAUCGAUACAAUUCAAAGUUGUUUCCGAGUUACACAUUGUGAAAUUUGGUAA